AUGAUGGUGGAGCUGGCAAGGCAAUGCGUCUACGACGUUCGGCAGUUUGGAAGAAGAGUUGAGCGCAUUGCGCGUAUGCCUCUCGAGGACACAAGGACUGAGAGCCGGGAGUUUGACGAGAUGGAGCAGGAGUCGGCUCGUAUACAGGCAAAGCUCAUGGAUGUCGUCCUCACGGUGUUCAGGGAGGAGUAUUUGCGCCAGCUAUGCUCCUACGAGGAGUCACUGGAUCUUACCACCCGCAAUCAAUUCGGCAGCAUCGAGGAAAUCAACCCCGAACCAACCUUUUCCGAUCUUCGAGGAAAGAUAUUACAAAGUCUUCGCUACCCCAACCAAAAUUCUCGAUUCGAACUCAUCUCCGAGCCAAGCCCUGGCACUUGCAAGUGGAUUUUUGAUGCGACUAUUGGCAAUGCGAAGGGAACAUUUGGCACUUGGCUCAAGGCCAAUGUCGACACAGGCCUCGAUAGGCGUUUUUGGAUCUCCGGAGACCCCGGAACCGGAAAAAGUGUGUUGAUGAAGUACCUUGUCAUGGAGGCGCAAAGGAAUCCAGAAAUACUCAAAAAGACAGAAAGCGAAGAGGCUCCCAUUGUGUUUUCACACUUCUUCAACCACGAGGGAGACCUGAUCCAUUGCACAACGCGAGGCAUGAUCUUGAACUUGCUAGUUCAGCUUUUCGAGCAAGAUCCCCUUCUCUUGGACGCACGGUUCUUCAUCUUCAUGACCGAUGUCAUGAAACACCAGAAGCGCAAGACCAGCGCCGAAUAG